UGCAGGUUUUGGCUGGUGAUCAACGAGGCGGGGAACAUGGUGACUGCUCGCCAGGAGCCUCGCCUGGUGCUGGUGUCCCUGACCUGCGAGGGGGACACCCUGACCCUCAGUGCAGCCUACACACCGGACCUGCUGCUGCCCAUUGAGACGCCCGCCACCAACCCCGUGCUCAAGUGCAGGGUGCACGACCUGGAGAUCGAGGGCCGGGACUGUGGCGAGGCGGCGGCCCAGUGGAUCACCAGCUUCCUGAAGACCCAGCCCUACCGCCUGGUGCACUUCGAGCCUCACAUGCGACCAAGAAAGGCCCACGAGAUAAAGGAUGCGUUCCGGCCCACGGACCAGAUCGCUUACUCUGACGCCAGCCCGCUCCUGAUACUGUCCGAGGCUUCGCUGGCCGAUCUCAACUCCAGGCUGGAGAAGAAAGUGCAGGCCAUGAACUUCAGGCCCAAUAUCGUCAUUUCGGGGUGUGGCGUCUACGCAGAGGAUGCGUGGCACAAGCUUCUUAUUGGGGACGUGGAACUGAAGAGGGUGAUGGCUUGUUCCAGGUGCGUUUCAACCACCGUGGACCCGGACACGGGCGUCAUGAGCAGGAAGGAGCCGCUGGAGACCCUGAAGAGUUACCGCCUGUGUGACCCUUCUCAACAGAAACUGUAUGGAAAAUCGCCUCUCUUUGGACAGUACUUGGUUCCGGAAAACCCAGGGACCAUCAGAGUGGGAGACACCGUGUACCUGCUGGAGCAGUAAUGGGAACCCCAGGUCCCGGGACGGCAGGUGCCUUGAAAAGCUGUCCUCAGAAAUGCCACCCCUUGCCCUAACAGUGUUUUGGAGCUGCCGCCUCCGCGUGUGCUUGAGAUCUGUGAUUUCCACGUCUUUGCUCUUGUGGACUUCCUUGUGUCUCGAUGUUUCCAGUGUCCUGAGGCUCCAGGCAAAAAAAAAUAUAGUCUCCAUAACUGAGUCGGACUUCCGGAAGUCACCUGCCGGGCGUCUGAAAAUUCAGUGUUAAACUAUGAUUGCGGAGUAAUUCUUUCUCCUUCCUCUUUAUUCCUCUCCCUGGAGCGCUCACCUCCGUCAUGUCUUUGCCACCCCCCAGGGAAAGAGAAAAGAAGAGAAAGAGGAAGAGUGGGCGAGUGAGAUGCAUGUUCUAGAAGGUUUUGUGACCGCACGUGUGGGGCACGCAAGGGAAAUUAAAUAGCUUCCCAAACAAG